GACUGCCAUGAUCGAUAAACGUAAUUUUCGUAUUUAUUGGAGCUGUUCAUAGAGAGCGAAACAGCUUUCUUUAUUUGCAGUUGACGACGGCUUACCUUUGCAAAAAAAUUAAUUUCUCCUUUUCGUCGUUGUCUAUAUCGUCAUGGCGGAUAACGAGCAGAAAGCUGCACAACUGGUUGCCGAGGCUGAGAAGAAAUUGAAUUCUGGAAAGAGUUUUUUCGGAUCCCUUUUUGGAGGUGGAUCAUCCAAAGUUGAUGAAGCUAUAGAAUGCUACCAAAGAGCAGCAAAUUUGUAUAAAAUGGCCAAAAAGUGGUCUCAAGCUGGUCAAGCUUUUUGUGAAGCAGCUGCUCUUCAUCUUAAAGCUGCUGGACGUCAUGAUGCUGCCACAAAUUAUGUAGAUGCAGGCAACUGCUAUAAAAAAUCUGAACCAAAUGAGGCGGUUGCGUGCCUUCUCAAAGCUAUCGAAAUUUAUACUGACAUGGGAAGAUUUUCCAUUGCUGCUAAGCAUCACCAAACUAUUGCUGAGAUUUAUGAAUCUGAACUGGCUGAUCUUGAUAGAGCUGUGCAACAUUAUGAACAAGCAGCUGAUUAUUUUAAAGGUGAGGAAAGUAACAGUUCUGCUAAUAAAUGCCUUUUGAAAGUGGCUCAGUAUGCAGCACAGUUGGAAAAUUACCAAAAGGCAAUUCAGAUUUACGAGCAAGUUGCAUCAGCCUCCCUGGAUAAUUCACUGUUAAAGUACAGUGCCAAAGAAUACUUCUUUCGGGCUGCUCUUUGCCACUUAUGUAUUGAUUUGUUGAAUGCCCAACAUGCUGUGCAGCAAUAUGAGAAUAUGUAUCCAGCCUUCCAGGAUUCGAGGGAGUGUAAGCUGAUCAAGGCACUUAUUGGUCACAUGGAAGAACACAACGUAGAUGGAUUCACCGAGACAGUCAAAGAUUACGACUCUAUUUCACGGCUUGACCAAUGGUACACGACUAUGCUUUUGAGGAUCAAGAAACAAAUGGCCGAAACUCCUGAUCUUUGCUAAGGAGUGACAGCCAAGGGAAAAGAUGAUCACGAGCCUAUAGGUUAACCGUAGCUAUUUUGCUGGUUCAUGGCACACCUUUAAUUCGGUACAUGUAUACAUUAGAAGUCCCCAUACACGAUCAUUCUGUUCUAAUACGUUCGAUUGUUUGGUUCCACACUGUUUUAGCGUCGUCGCAGAGUUGUACUCUUCUAUGCGUUGCAUUCCACAUCUUUCACUUGGCUCUCUGUCGUAUAUCGUUCAUUAUAAUUUUUUUUUCUUUUUGAAUUCAUUCUUGUCCGUUGUUUUCCUCCGUUAUAGUGUACAGUAUAUGUUCAACAUUGGACUUUACCUUGUUUUAUAAAUUUCCUAUUACUAUGCGGUAUAGAUAUUAUGUUGCUUUUAUCCAUUUAUCUCCCUCCUUACGGGAUUCUAUUGUCAUCAGCAUAGCUGUCCCUUAUUUGGCAGUUUCGUUUUAAUUAUUAGUAUGGGGAAAAAAAUCCUUAAAGCCCUUUUCUUCUUUCUUUUCCCCCACAUCCUAAAUAACUUGAUAUGCCUACAACCAAUUUUUUUAUGUGUGUAUCGGUGUUCGUAGUUCAGAAAAAUUUAAUGCGGCGAAGUUCAUGCCAAGUGUAA